UAUCAACAUAGCCUUCCGGCAUAGGCUGCCAGAUUGUUUCUCAUCUCUCUGCAGGUCUCGGAAGCCCGUUUCUGCUCCGCCUGUCCAGCUGACCGCAAAAUGGUUGACCAAACUUUCCAGUCCGCGGAACAAUGGCUGGCUCAAGUGGCAGUCAUGCGAAAGGCUAUUGCCGACCUGAAAUUGCCAUCCCUCAACGAUGCGUCGCAAAUGUAUGGGGCGGAUCUGGACUUGGACGAAGACUUGAGUGAAGACAUCGAGGAUGACAUCUGGGAUGCUGAAAGCGCGGUCGAUGAGAGCCCCUUUACCGACGACUUCGACGACACCGUAAAUGGGCUCAAAACUCCCAACUUCGCUGCCGAUGGUGUCUUUGACAGGACAUGGCUACGCUCAAAAUGUGCUGCCUGGGCUCGCUCACGGCCUGGCAUCGAUUCGACCGAGGUCGAACACCAAAUCACGGCGCUGUUAGCUUCAGACAGUUCGGACAAUGAAUUGCAGAUGUCGCUUGCAGAUGUCAUCGGGUUUGACGACCUUGACUUUGUCAUUGAACUCAUCUCCCAUCGUAAGGAAGUCCUGGCUUCUCAAACUACAACUACUCGUCAGACCGACGGGCUCUUUGGAACGCUGGAGACUCGUCAGGAGCGAGAAGCAACUCUCCGACGACAAGACCACCAGCACAAACAUGCUGCUUUGGCUCCGGCUUUCGAUCGAUCUGGGCCCAAGUAUCCGCAUGUCUACAAGUCCGAUGUCGCUGCUACGGGCAAUAGGUUGGAUGUGGCUGGCAGAAAGUAUACUCUACCUGUUGGCAGUACCCGACAUGACUAUCCAAAAUACGAAGAGUAUUCGAUCCCGGCCUCAAAGGUAGGCGCUCUUGCUGCAGGACAGAAAUUGGUCAAUAUCUCCGACAUGGAUGGUCUGUGCCAGCGCACUUUCAAGAGCUACAAAAGCUUGAAUCGAAUGCAGAGUCUACUUUAUCCUGUGGCAUACACUACCGCCGAGAACAUGCUAAUCUGUGCUCCUACCGGUGCUGGUAAGACUGAUGCUGCCAUGCUCACAAUCCUGCAAGCGAUUUCAAAGAACGUCAUACCCAAUCCAAUCGAAGAGCCCACUGCCACGGAAUUUAUAGUGAUGGCAGACGACUUCAAGAUCGUCUACGUUGCGCCAAUGAAAGCCCUGGCUGCCGAAGUUACAGAAAAACUGGGCAAGCGAUUGGCAUGGCUAGGCAUUCAGGUGCGAGAGUUGACAGGGGAUAUGCAGUUGACCAAGAAGGAAAUUGCUGCGACCCAAAUUAUCGUGACGACACCAGAGAAGUGGGAUGUUGUCACUCGGAAGAGCACAGGAGACACCGAACUGGUCCAGAAAGUCCGGCUUCUCAUCAUUGACGAAGUCCAUAUGCUUCAUGACGAGCGAGGUGCGGUUAUCGAAUCUUUGGUUGCCAGGACAGAACGGCAGGUGGAAAGUACACAGUCACUAAUCCGUAUUGUUGGACUGUCUGCCACUCUUCCCAAUUACAUCGACGUUGCAGACUUUCUGAAAGUCAACCGGAUGUCUGGUCUGUUCUACUUUGACGCCUCUUUCCGCCCGGUCCCACUCGAACAACACUUCAUUGGUGUUAAAGGGAAGGGAAGCAAGGUUCAGCGCGAGAAUCUAGAUCAAACCACCUUUGAGAAGGUAAAGGAGCUUUUGAAACAGGACAAGCAAGUCAUGGUCUUUGUUCACUCCAGGAAAGACACCGUCUUGGCUGCCAGAACCCUCAAUCAAAUGGCUAUCGACGAUGGUUGUGCGGAGCUGUUUGUCCCGGACCCCAACAACCCUGCGUUUGUCAGAGCAAUGGCAGAUUUGAAAACCACUCGAGGCCGAGAACUGCGAGAAAUCAUUCCCAAAGGAUUCGGAUGCCAUAAUGCUGGCAUGGCGCGGUCGGACAGAAACUUUGUUGAACGGGUCUUCUCCGAAGGCGCUAUCAAAGUCCUUUGCUGUACAGCAACUCUUGCAUGGGGUGUCAACUUGCCCGCCGCCGCUGUCGUCAUCAAAGGAACGCAACUUUACAGUGCCGAAGCUGGUAAGUUUGUGGAUCUUGGAAUAUUAGACGUCCUUCAAAUCUUCGGGCGUGCUGGUCGUCCUCAGUUCCAAGACAGCGGUGUUGGAUAUAUUUGUACCACCCACGAUAAACUACAGCAUUAUCUGUCUGCUGUCACCCAGCAACAGCCAAUUGAGUCCAAGUUCUCUCAGAAGCUGGUCGAUAACCUCAAUGCUGAGAUUAGUCUGGGCACAGUAACCACGGUUCAAGAGGCUGUGACGUGGUUAGGCUACACUUAUUUAUUCAUUCGCAUGCGGCGGAAUCCGCAGGCAUAUGGGAUCGAUUGGAACGAGUACCAAGAUGACCCCCAGUUGGGUCAAAGAAGGCGCAAACUAAUCAUAGAUGCUGCAAGAACGCUGCACCGAAGCCAAAUGAUUAUCUUCAACGAACGGACGGACGAACUCCGUGCGAAAGAUGUCGGUCGCAUCGCCAGCCAAUAUUACGUCCUACAGAGCAGUAUUGAGAUCUUCAAUACCAUGAUGCGGCCGCAUGCGAGCGAGGCAGAUGUUCUGAAAAUGAUCAGCAUGAGUGGCGAAUUCGACAACAUCCAAUCCCGGGACAAUGAAGCGCUAGAACUGCACCGACUCCGCCAAGAAGCCGUCGUGUGCGAGAUCGAGGAUCGAAAGAGUGGUCCCAAGAGCUCUGAAGAGGAGAAAGAGCAGAAAGUCAUCGAGAACCAUGCAAAGACAAAUAUCCUGCUGCAAUCAUACAUAUCUAGGGCCAAACUUGAAGAUUUUGCCUUGGUUUCGGACCUGGCAUACGUUGCACAGAACUCCGCCCGCAUCUGUCGAGCUUUGUUUAUGAUUGCUCUAAAUCGUGGUUGGGGUUAUCAGUGUCAGGUGCUGCUAUCCAUGUGCAAGGCCAUUGAGAAGCAAAUCUGGCCUUUCCAACAUCCGUUUCACCAGUUUGAUCUUCCUCUAUCAGUCUUGAAGAAUCUGGACGACAAGGCGCCUUCCUCGAAUAUUGAAAGCCUGCGAGAAAUGGAGCCUGCUGAGAUCGGAAAUCUUGUACACAAUCAAAAAAUGGGAACUACCUUGACGAAGCUGCUCGACAACUUCCCGACAAUGUCUGUCGAGGCAGAAACUGCACCACUCAAUAGGGAUGUGCUGCGUAUGAGGUUAUACCUAUAUCCAGAGUUUGUGUGGAAUGACCGCCACCACGGGACUUCUGAAGCAUACUGGGUUUGGGUGGAAAAUUCGGAAACGUCAGAAGUCUACCAUCACGAGUAUUUCAUCCUGAGUCGGAAAAAGAUGCACGACGAUCACGAACUGAACUUCACCAUACCGCUGGCUGACCCUCUGCCUUCUCAGAUUUAUGUCAGAGUCAUAUCGGAUCGAUGGCUGGGAGCAGAAACCGUGCAUCCUGUCUCAUUUCAGCAUCUCAUCCGACCCGACACUGAGAGUGUCUAUACAGACCUUCUCGACCUCCAACCUCUUCCCAUCACUGCCUUGAAGAAUCCCGCGCUGGAAGAGCUCUAUGGACAAAGAUUCCAGUUCUUCAACCCGAUGCAGACUCAGAUUUUCCAUACCUUGUAUCAUACUUCCAAUAAUGUCCUCCUGGGCUCACCCACCGGUUCUGGGAAGACCGUUGCCGCAGAGCUAGCGAUGUGGUGGGCAUUCCGUGAAAGACCAGGAAGUAAAGUCGUGUACAUUGCACCAAUGAAGGCGCUUGUUCGCGAGAGAGUGCAAGAUUGGCGCAAGCGGCUCACUAUACCGAUGGGUUUGAGACUGGUCGAGUUGACUGGCGACAAUACACCAGAUACACGGACUAUUCGUGAUGCAGACAUCAUCAUCACCACACCUGAGAAGUGGGACGGUAUAUCACGAUCCUGGCAGACCAGAUCCUACGUUCGGCAAGUUUCUCUCGUCAUUAUCGACGAAAUCCACCUCUUGGGUGGUGAUCGCGGUCCCAUUCUGGAGAUCAUCGUAUCUAGAAUGAACUACAUCGCGUCGCAGGCGGAAAGCGGUUCUAUUCGGCUGGUAGGAAUGUCCACCGCCUGCGCCAACGCCACAGACUUGGCAAACUGGCUUGGAGUUAAGCCUGGAAACAAUCAAGGGCUGUUCAAUUUCCGUCACAGUGUUCGGCCAGUUCCACUCGAGAUAUACAUCGAUGGAUUUCCUGAGCAGAGAGGGUUCUGUCCAUUGAUGCAAAGCAUGAACCGCCCGACUUACCUGGCGAUUAAGAACCACAGUCCAGACAAGCCUGUCAUUGUCUUCGUAGCUUCGAGAAGACAAACUCGUCUCACUGCAAAAGAUCUCAUCAAUUUCUGUGGCAUGGAAGAGAAUCCGAGGAGGUUCCUACAUUUUGACACUGAAGAUGAUCUUCAGCAUACUCUAUCUGCUGUCAAGGAUGCCGCGCUUCGAGAGGCACUGAGUUUCGGCAUCGGACUGCAUCACGCCGGUCUAGUCGAGUCUGACAGGACACUAUCUGAGCAACUUUUUGCUGCGAACAAGAUCCAAAUCCUCGUUGCCACGUCGACGCUUGCGUGGGGUGUGAAUCUACCUGCCCAUCUGGUUGUCGUCAAGGGAACACAGUUCUUCGAUGCCAAAAUCGAAGGAUACAAAGAUAUGGACUUGACCGACGUACUUCAGAUGCUAGGACGAGCAGGACGACCACAAUUUGAUACUUCCGGGAUUGCUCGCAUUUUCACGCAGGACUCGAAGAAGGCAUUUUACAAGCAUUUCCUACACACGGGGUUCCCAGUAGAGAGCUCUCUGCACAAAGUCCUUGAUAACCAUCUGGGCGCCGAGGUCUCCGCUGGAGUCAUAACCACCAAGCAAGAUGCGCUCGAUUACUUGACUUGGACAUUUUUCUUUCGUCGUCUCCAUAAGAACCCAACCUACUAUGGCCUUGAGAUCUCGGCAGAGGAGCACAAGGAGAACCAGCUUGCUGCAAGACAAGCUGCCGCCGAUUACAUGAUCACGUUGGUGGACAAAUCGCUCGACGACCUAGCUGAGAGUGACUGUGUUUUGGUGCACAAUAACGGAGACGUGGAUAGCACCCCAUUUGGCAAGAUCAUGUCGUACUACUAUCUCAGCCACUUAACGAUUCGCAAAUUCCUGUCGAAAGCGCGCAAGACCACCUCUACAACCUUCGCCGAUGCUCUCGCUUGGAUAAGCCUGGCCACUGAAUUUGACGAUCUUCCUGUACGGCAUAACGAAGAUCUGAUCAACGCCGAGCUGGCGAAGAACUUGCCCCUGGAUACUGAAGGCCUAAUGGACAAUUUGCCCAUGUGGGAUCCCCACGUCAAGGCAUUCCUCCUCAUUCAGGCGUUCAUGGCCCGCAUCGACCUCCCCAUUUCUGACUACGUUGGCGACCAGAUCUCGGUGCUGGACCAAGGCAUUCGCAUCAUUCAAGCUGGAGUGGACGUCAUGACAGAGCUCAACAGGUUUGACGCUGUGGUGCAAAUGGUUAAACUUUUACAGUGCAUCAAGUCUGCGCGAUGGCCAGAGGAUUAUCCGCUCAGCAUCUUGCCUGGAGUGGAUGAGGUGUUUGACGAAAAGCUUGAAGGAAGAGUCCCCAAGGACUUAGUCACAACUGCGGUGCUGUCUACAAGGCAUGGGGUGAAGACAAUUGACGGGCUGAUGAACGUUCUUGGAAUAAAAGCCCAUCAUACUCGUGCGGCGUUCAUCAAAGCUGCGAACGCGCUUCCAGACCUUGCCUUGUCGGCGACGGGCAACACGGACAAUCUGCAACUCACUCUGAAACGCAGCAAUCGACUGCUUGACCGCGAAGCGAGAAUAUAUGCCCCAAAGUUCCCAAAGCCACAGACAGAGGGCUAUUUCGUACUUGUGCUCCCUCCUGGAUCGGCUGCAGACGGCCAAGGAAUGGAUAUUCUGGCACUGAAGCGGGCCAAUUGGUCUACUACGAAGCAGGGAACUCAGAGCAAGGCGAUCGGAACUGCAAACGUCAAGCUCAAGAUCCCAGCGCCGGAACUAGAUAUGGGAAGAGGACAAGAGGAGAUGAAAGUCGACAUUCUCGUAAUGAGCGAUGCGUAUCCGGGGAUGGAGUGGCGGCUGGAGAAUGUGGUUGUGCCUGUGGCGCAAAAGGAGACAGGGGGCUUCAAGACAGUAGAGGUGAAGGUUGAUGAGAAUUUGCUGAAGAAGAAAUAGACGGAAGAGGGAAGAGGCGCAAGCCCCAUUGCCAAUUGAUGAAUUGAUCUGAGGGUUUGAGUGCCAUCUGAGAGCGAGGAGUAUUACCAAACUCCAUCUCACUGCCAUUGCUGCCAUCCCCCAGAGGACGAACAAUUCAAGCCUAGACAUCGCCAUCGAUGCUCAGGAUGGGAGCGGAGUUCGAUAUGUCUUUAAUCCUUGCUCCAUGGGCCUUUUGCCUUACAUUUCCCUAUGCUUGCUCAUGAUGGAUCGGCAACACCAAAGUGUGGUCUGAGUUGAGCUGAACUGCUCAUACCAAAGUAAGCUCCUGCAAACGCUGGGAGGCAAAGAAGGAGUCUCCGUCAAUGUAACCUGCGCCGAGUCUUUUAAAGUGACCAUGCUCGACCUCUUCAAUGGCGAUA